CUCGUCCAACCGUGCACGUAGCCCGUCUAAUUCCCAUUUGACAUGUUUUAUAGCUAUGGUUUUGUUUUGUUUGUACCCGUAGCACUACUCUUAGAAAAUAAUAGCCCCUCCCCUUCCUUUCUCUUCUCCAUCCAAACAUAGCCUGCCCACAAAAUUAAACAAGGAGCGCUCUUCUUCCAUCUUCUCUCUUAUAUAUAGACCCCACCUCUCUCUCAUCCACCUCCCCCCCUCUUCUUCCCCUCCUUUCCUCCGAUCUCUCCUCCGUGCUGGGAUUUCUCUUUGUUGGUAGCUUGGAGCGUGCGGGGCGAGCGGCAGCCAUGGGGUUCCCGUCGGUGUGCUACUGCGUGAUCCUGCCGCAGCCGCUCAUCCUGGUGCUGCAGCUGCUCGACUUCCUCCGCCACGCCGUGCUGCUCUGCCUCUCGUCGCUGGGGCUGGCCGCGCCGCCGACUUCGGACGAACACCCUGCCUACGCGCCGCCGCCGGACCUCUGGGCGGAGGAUUCUUCGUCGCCCUCGCCUUCGCCCUCGCUGGGGGCGGCGGCCAUGGCCAUGGCGGCGCCGGCGGACAUCAAGGCGCGGCUCCCCGCCGUCCGGUACGCGGACCUCAGGAGCCGCCGCGGCGCCGGGAACGCCCCGGCCCCGGCGUGCUGCGCGGUGUGCUUGGGCGCGCUCGAGGCGCGGCACCGGGUCCGGGAGCUCGGCAACUGCGCGCACGCCUUCCACAAGGCGUGCAUCGACAAGUGGGUCGACAAGGGCCAGGCCACAUGCCCGCUCUGCCGCGCCCUCCUCCUCCCCGCCGCCGAAGACGCCGCCGGCAAGCUGCCUCUUCCCCUUCCCCUUCCCCACUCUUCCUCAUCAUCCUUCUCCUUCUAACCCCGCGCUCCAAUUAGUACUAAGAUCGAACAGCCUCGACGCCGGCCGUCGCCAGAGACAGGCCAGCCUGCAGGUCAGUCAGUAUAGCAGCUAGCUAGGCCGCCCAUGUCUAUCUCCAUUUCCAUCCGUCCACCAUGGAUCCAUCCAUGCUUUCUUGAAUCUUGGGAGAGGAAUCAAAAGGGGAUGCUCACAAAGGGAGCAGGAAGAAGAAGAGGUGUACGGUGGUGGAGGAGUAUUAUUGGUAGGUGAGGCACUAAUUAUGAGGAGGACAAGGAUGGCUACCUGCAUUGGAUCUGGUGAAUGAGCACUAUACAUAGCACUACUACCACUACUAGCAGCAGAUCCAUAUGCUUUCUUUUUUUACUUUCUUUUAUUUUCUUUCAGCUCCUUGCAACCUCACCCACUUCACUUUUUUUUUUACUUUCUCUCCUCCUUUUUGUAAUUUCCACUUUCUUCUUUUCUUCUUUUUAUUAGGGUUUCCCUCCUUAUUAACUUAUUUUUAUGGGGGGAAUCAAGAGAGAGAUAUCAAGAAAGAGACAUGUGUACAUAGAUGCCUCCACUUGACAAUAUUUGGAAGAAUCAAUAAUAUUUGUCUCUCAGAUCAGUCAACCACAAUCUUGUAUAUAGCACAAUGUGAUACUGCUAGUUAAUCCUUA